AAAGACGCAUUUGGGAGAAUCUUUCGUAUGCUAUUUUCGUGUCAAAGUAGAAUAAUAGGUUGUGCGAUGAAAGUUGAGUUUGUUUGGAGGGGUCGUUAUUAGUAUUUGAGUGUAACAACUUUUGAAAUCAACAGCAUGUCAGAACAUGGAGGUAACAAUCCGCCAUCUGGCAAUUCUCAAAAUGUGACUCUCUCACAAGAUGGCAGACCGGGCCUCAGAAGACCGAUGCCAGAUACACAACAGAGGUUGCUGAAUGGAAAUCCUGGAAGUGGUAACCAACAAGUGAUCAGCUCUAAGAAGCCAGCCGUACAGCUGUCGGUGAAUGCUCCAGAGUUUGUACCUAAACUCAGCAUGCCACCACCACCUCUAACAGUACCACAAGCACAGGCGGGUCAAGGGGAUGGUUUAAACAAGCCUAAUCUGUCCGUCACAGCAGCAGAAUUUGUUCCCAGAGGUCAACCAGCUUACACGCAUGUGCAGAAUAACCUGUUUGAGGAUUUUCAAAGACUGGUGAGCAUCACCCCAUCACACGUUAGUGCACCAGUAUCAAAACCUACAUCUGAUAAAGUCAUCAAUGACUUCAAAUCCAUGCUGUUCAACAUGACCAUUCAACCUGGAAAUAUAGAGGAAUACCUCAGCUCCAUAGUCAAUAUCAUGAAGAAUGUCACAGAUGAGACUGUUGUACGGGAAGUCAUUGAAAUUCUUUUUGAGCAGUGCGUAACAGAACCAAAUUUUCGUUACACUGGAGCAAGAGUCUGCAAGCACAUGACUAAAGAGCUUAAACAUGUUAGGGCAUUUGUUAAUUUUAGAGGCCAAUUUCUCACUAGAUGUAAAGAAGAUUAUCUAAAGAAGGAUGAUUGGGCAUUGAGUGCUGACACCAUCCCAAGGCUAUGUGGAUUCACUAUGUUUAUUGGAGAACUGUUUCUAAAUCUAGAGGCUGAAAAUCCUGAUGGAACCACACAGAAGAUUGGUAUAUUAAGAUUUGUACUGCGUGAUCUUCUGUUAGCCCUCUUAUCAAAUCCAAAUGAUACAACCGUUAAGUCUGUAACACAACUCUUAAAGCUAACUGGUUCAACAAUAGAAGAUACUGCUCAUUUAAAUGACAAACCAGAGGAACGAGAUUAUAGUAAAGUGUUUCAGCAAUUACAACAAGUACACAUGUCCCCCGAUCUAAACCAGACUUCACAUCUGUUGAUUGAAUCAGUUUUAAAUCUGAAAGAAAAUAAUUGGGGGAGAGAGUCCACUUCGUCCACUUCCUCUCAGCCAGACAAUCAUUCUCAGUCAUACUCCCAGGACUUCUCCACAAAUGAACCAGUAUUCUAUAACCAGCAAGGACAGACAAUAUCACGUGAAGAGGCAGGUUACUAUGAUGAGUACACAGACUAUAUGCUGGAACAGGAGGCAGAAGCCUAUGCUUACAUGCAGGGAGGUGACAGUGGCUAUCAGAGCAAUUAUGGCAACAACAUAAGCAGUUAUAACCCCUCUCAAACUCACAACCACAAUGGAAACAGCUAUCAUCAACAAAACCCUUCAGACUACCAAACAUGGUCUUCAAACCCUGAUGAUGUAUCCUAUGAUGAUUAUAAUUAUUCAAACAUGGUGAAUUAUGAUGAGAAUUACAUGGAUGAUGAGAUGGAGGCAGCUUAUGAAGAGUUCUUGAGUUCCCAGAAUCAAGGCCACCGAUGACAACCCAUGGAUACUUGUAUUUAUACUGGAGGUGAUCAAGUGGCACUGUGUGAUAGUCAGACACUAUUCUAGUGAAGAGCAGCUGUGUUUUUUUUAUUUUUUUUUUUUUUUGAAAUCCAAGUAUCAGUCACUUCAGGACGUGAUGCAUUGGAUUGGGUCCUUUUGUUGUGAAAUGAGUCCAAACUCAAUUUCUAAGAAACGGGUAGAUUUUAACAGAAAAAAACCCAACAGUUACACUUGGAAAAAGUUCAAAUAGACUUGUGUUUAUGGCUUUAAUAGCACAAGCAAAUUAUUAUAAUAUCAAAAGAAAUGCCAUAAAGUAUUGUGUAUCAGUUUAUAAAACGACAGCAACUUCCUCAUUAUAAAGCCAUAUUUAGUAUUGCGCAGCCUCAUGUCAAGAUCCAGCAAAUACUGAUAAGUUCAUAUAAACGAAUUCAUGGAAUUAGAGCUGUAUGUUCUUUCAAUGGUCAGUAAUGAUGUGAACCAAUGUGCCAACCUGUUCGGUAGUUGAUGGAAAAGUUUGUACAUUUUUAUAAAAAAUUUAUCAAGAAUUGAUACACUAACACAGAUGUGUUGAUUUGUUUCAGUUAAUCUUGUUAACUGAAGCAGUUCAGAUGUAUCAUCUAUGACUUUUUGCUUUGAUUGUGUCAGACUGUCACACACAUAGCAUAUUUGUGAAUAUUAACACAACUGGUGGACUGAACAAAGGAAUAUUCAUAUAUUUGUCACAUGAAUCUAAUGAAUAUUGAUACUUUGUGAAUAUUAUUCAUCAAUUUGUUUGAAGAAUAACCAAUCUUUUGUCUGAAAAAUUGGAUACAGAAUGAUGAAAUGGAUGUUUUACAUGUUAUACAUGUACAUGUAUCUGUAAAAAAAAAAAAAAAGUGAAAAUGUUGAGGAGAAAAAAAAGCUACUUCCAUUUGAUGCCAUUAUCACUUAACAAGUACGUAAAACUAUUUUUGUAUAAUUUGUGUUUCUAUCAUGUGACAAGAUUUGUUACAUGGAAACUUCAUAGGAAUCUUUAAAUUAUGCUGUAAUAGAAUGUUGUUGGAUUAUGAUCAUUAUACUGACUGCUCUACUGAACCAGUUCUUUGUAAUGACAUGGUAACAGUCCAAAGUAAUGUGUGAAACAGAAGUUUACAUACAUGUAGUAUACUAAUAAGUAAAAGUGAACUGUGUUGUAUAGAUAUACAGGACUAUUUACUGUCAGAAUGAACGACAUUGUAUUGCAGAUUCGCUUGCUUCAUUGUAAUUACCUGGUUCAAAAAAUAUGAAAGGAAUGAUAAGGUGCCUUCAAUUGACUAGAAAUGGUACUAGGGGUUCAUUUUUAACUGACAAUUGAUAAUCCUUUGUCCUGUGACAUGUUCUUGACCAAUUAGAAGGCGGAAUGGCAGUUUCUGCCUUGCAAAAAACAAAAACAAAUUGCAUAGAAAAAUAGUAAAAUUUUGAUACUUUAGAUAUAUAUUUUUAAAAAAUUCAAUAAUGUUCAUUUAUUUUGUUGUAAUAUCUUACUAAAACUGGCACUGAUAGAUCCAAAAGAAUAGUUUUGUUUCCAGAUUGACACAGUGAUAUGGAAAUUAUCUUAAAAAUAAUAUUCCCAAAAUGAACUAAAUAGACCUUUAUCAAGUAGACAACUUUUAUAAGGUCAUGUGUUGUGUAAUGGUAUACUGACAAUGAGUUGUACUGUAAAUUAAAACUAUACUUAUUAUAAUAGCACACAGUUCUGUAGAGUUGAACUUCAGAGUUCACUGUAUUGAAUUGUGAUUGUGUAAUGUACAGCAACAUAAUACUGUAGUGUACUGCAACAUUACUCUGCCAGGUACAGCAACAUUAAACUUCAUUGUACUACUGAAGGAUUUAUAAUGAAUUUUCAGAGUACAGGAUGAACUGCAACAUUAUAAUUCAGUGUACAGUAGCAGUAUACUUGUACUACUGUAUUAUACUGCAGUGUACAGCAAUAUUAAAUUUCAGUGUGUAGCAUUAUUAUUCACAAGUACUGCAGUGUACGUCCUUAUACUAUGGUGUACUGUAAUGAUGAAUCAAAGUAUACCAGUUUACUUAACUGUGCAGAUGUACUGUAUCACAGAAUUUUAUUGUGCAAUCUAUUACAAUGUCCAUUUUUGUUUUCACCAAUCCAUAAAAUUAUCAACAUUGCAUGAAAAGUCCCCAAAUCCCCAAAAAAUUGUGAUUAUGAAAUCACUGUAAUGUACAUGAAGUGGUAACAUUGUGAAUACACUAUACAGUGUUGAGGAAGGUAAAAAUUAUUUUUCUUGCAUUUGACAAAAACUUAUUUAUAGAUAGAUAACAUAUAGUAGUGCUAAAAAUGUUAAACACAUAUGCAAAUUGCAAUAUUUAUGUUUGUAAAAUAUUUACAACUUUUUAUUUUAGUUCAAAAACAAAAGUAAAGCUUCCAAUAAGUUUAUAUUCAUAAUUUAUUGUGUCCUAUUUUAGUCUGUUGUAAAAACACUUCGUUUUCAGCAAUUUUGUCCAAGUGCUAGCAAAGUGCAUUUAAAUGGAAGAUGAUCGGAAUAUGACAAUAAAAUUUCCUACUGAAUGAU